GUUAGUAGUAUCUUAGUGGUCGCAUUAUUAAAUUAGCGUAUUCAUAAACAAACAUUAAUUUCAAUUUGAGUUUGUGUCAAAUUAACAAUUCAAAGGCUAUGAAAUUAGUGUCGAUUAUUAUUGAAUUAAAAUUGAUUUUUGGUCGGAUUAUGGUUUAUUAAGUGAUUGGAAAAUGUUUGCGUAUGAGGGACAGAUUACGGAUUUGGCGGCAGCGACGGAAUACAGCGGGAGACUUAGUUCUAACAAUUCGAGACAAUUUUCUGUGACUAGUUUGUUAAGAUUGGGACAAAAAAGGAGAAAUUCGGACGAAUCGAAUGAAGGAUCUGUGUCCGAAAACUCUGAAAAAACGAAAAAACCAAGAAGAAACAGAACCACAUUCACCACAGUCCAGCUUGCAGCUUUAGAAAAGGUUUUUGAAAAAACCCACUAUCCGGACGCUUUCGUUCGAGAAGAUUUAGCAGCAAAAGUCAGCUUAAGCGAAGCCAGAGUUCAAGUUUGGUUCCAGAACCGACGUGCUAAAUUUCGGAGAAACGAAAGAAGUCUAAGUUUGCAGCAAACCCCACCAACGAAAUUGUCUUGUAACAAACCUAUGACACCGCUGGCUCCCCGAACUGACUCAAUGGAAAAACCGCUAUUUGCUCAUCAAAACGUAAUUCCUCCACAUGCUGCUUCUGAUCUGCAAUAUGUGAUGCCGUGGAAGUGUUCUCACGGACAAUAUGGACAACCUGACUUAUACAGCAAUAAUUUUAAUUCGGCAAUGGGGGGUCAAGCGUGCCCUUUUCUUCCAACAAACCCUUUCAAUUAUUGUUCUUCGAAUAUUUCGGCGAGUUCAAUGUGCAACCGAUUUGAUGUAAACUCUUUGAGAUAUAGGCACCAAGACUUUACGCUAUCGCCGUAGAAGUGCAAUUUGAAGAUUACCAACUUGUAAAUUUAUUACUGACUAAGAAAAUAAUUGUUUAUUACCAAUUAAAACA